CAACUUACAUUUAUACGGCCUAAAUGUCUAGCUCUCGUUCACUCGAAGACACUUAUGAGGCGCAGAACGACCAGAGACUGGAUGAGUUACACUCGAAGAUUCGGACAUUGCGGGGGGUAACAACGGACAUAUACGAUGAUGCAGAACGGCAGAAUCUUACACUUGAUGAGACUUCGAACUCCUUCACAUCCUUCACAUCUAGUCUCACUGCUUCUGCAAGCCGCAUGACUCGCUCCUUCUCACCUGGGACGCUCACAAUCAUGCGAAUAUCAGCUUAUGUUGUGGGUUUCUUGAUCGGAGUAUGGCUUCUGAGAGGAAUAUUUGGAUGGUGGUUCUCUGGAACGGAAACACCUGCUUAGGCACCACUCAAGUGCCUUGGUGAGCUUGAGGGUCAGCAUGUUCGAGGUUGGGGUGCGCCUCAUGUCUGAAUCAGGUUCUAGACAGAUGCUUCGAAUGCCAAUCUGAGUGGCGAUACCUCUUCACGUUUGAACGGACUAUAAAUCUGUAAUAUUGUUUAUCUUCUCCCCUGAUUUCAUGGAACGUAA